CAAAUUUUUGGCGGUCAUCAUGAUUUUCACCCCACAGCAUACAACUUUUCUUAAGAUAAAGUAGGGUUGCUUUUCGUAUUAUUCUUAAGCACAUUAUGUACUUUAUAGGACACAAACAGGGUAGAUUUGUAUCAUGUCUCCACAAGCGUGAACCGUGUAACGAGGCCACAGAUGCUGUGCCGCGACAGAUAAUGAAUUUCAAUUUCAUACCUAUUGCACCCGCAACGAAUUAUGUAUCCCACACUAUAGGACACUUCUAGAGUGGACAAAACGAUAAAGUUUAAAUACUAUUAUAAUAUUCUAUUACGACUUUUCACCAAGCUGGUCUCCUACCAUUUUACGAAUCUCAUCAAACUUCUUGGAAGUCCAAUUAAUCGUAAUUAUUCAGAAAUCAAUAAUAAAUGUAAAGACAGAAAAACCAGAACCUUCCAUAAAAUAUUAACUUCCAUCCAAACAAGACCACUUUUUGUCUUUAUACAAGACCUCUUUUUGUAUUUAUACAAAAAGAGCUCUAUAAAUAUUGCGGUAUUUUAAGCUCCGUAAACUUCUGGACACUGCUGUUCAAGCGCUAAAUAAUUUCGACCCUAUAAAAUCCUUUGAGGGCGUCGCAACCCUUUCAGUUGAUCUAGAACUUUGGAACCGAUCACAAUGAGUCAGUCCGUUCGUCCAAAAUCUUGUGCAAAAACCUAUAAAACUGCUGAGCUGAAAGUGUUAAAGAUCCUCAGUAAAAUUGAUAGUUUGAAAUUGAGUAGUUCAUACAUAAGUCAGCUUGAUAUCCCCAAAAGUAGUGAAAGUAAUGUUUUGCGGCGAAAAUCAACGGUUUAUGUAUCGCUAGCAGCAGUCCUUGUUGGUGUGAUGCUACUCAGUGCACGAUGGGUUCAUAAAGAACUUCUUGGAAAUAGAAACUGCAUCUUGGAAUUGCCAUCAUUCUCGAAAUCAGUUUUCCGUCCACCGGAAGAUUGCUCUAUGUGUGCGGGAGUUGAUGACGUAGUGCGGAUCGCAAACACUACAGCUGAGGAAUUUGAAGAAAAGUACGCGUAUAGCACCACUCCGGUUAUAGUCACCGAUGCCACAAACGGAUGGAGAGCAUUAGAGGAAUUCGAUUUCAAGUUCUUUGCUGACUUCUAUCGCGACGGCAAAAGCAUGGGAAAGCAAAUCAAUGACUGCUUCUACUUCGCUUACAAAUCAGGUCUGAACUCGCUUAACGAAGUGUUCAGUAUGGAUGAAACGAGGGCCAACCUGUCUGGCAAGCCGUGGUACGUAGGUUGGAGCACAUGCUACGAUGAGGAGACCAGAAAACUACGGACCUUCUACAAUCGCCCGUACUUUUUGCCAAAGACGGCUGAGAGUGAUAUGGUGGACUGGAUCUUCAUGGGAGGUCCGGGUCAAGGCGCGCAUAUGCACGUGGACUCAGUGAAGCACAUGUCGUGGCAGGCGCAGGUGCGCGGCCACAAGCAGUGGCAGCUGGCGCCGCCGCCCGAGUGCCUCUACCAGUGUCGGUGGAUCACCUUCACUGUAGCGCCCUCCGAAAUCUUGGUGGUGGACACGAAUAGAUGGUAUCACAAGACAAACGUGCUUCCCGGCGACAUCAGCAUUACUAUUGGCGCUGAAUACGACUAAACAUGUGGAAACUGAAUCUGUUGUAACCGUUACGAUACCAGUAUUUUCAAAUUACUCUUUCCGUAGAUUUAAAAUGAAACAAAAAUAUGUAAUGCUACUAAAACCUUUAAUCAUCACCGUAAAUCUACAUGCUACGUGACACUCAGCGAGGUUCUAACUUGAAACAUUGACUGGAAUGACAAUCAGUAAUAAUA